AUGAUACCGCCAAGAUUCCAGUACCAUGCCCCCACUACCCUGGACGAAGCCCUCUCCCUGCUUAACGACUAUGGCCCCGAAGCCAAGGUACUGGCCGGCGGCCAAAGCCUGAUCCCCCUGAUGAAGCUCCAACUGGCAGCCCCGGCCCAUAUCGUGGACAUCAAUCGGAUUCCCGGGCUGGCCGAUGUCCGCGAAGAAAACGGCAACCUUCACAUUGGCUGUCUUACCCGGGAAUCGGACCUGGAUUCUUCGGAUUUGGUCCGCUCCGGCUAUCGCAUUCUUCACGACACUACGUCUGUCAUCGCCGACCCGCUGGUGCGGAACAUGGCCACCGUCGGCGGUAAUCUGGCCCACGGCGACCCGGCCAACGACCACCCGGCUACGAUGGUAGCCUUGGGAGCCAGCGUUGUAGCCACCGGUUCGGGUGGCGAGCGCGUAAUUCCGGUGGCCGACUUCUUUGAGGGGCCUCUGACCACCGCCUUGGCCCAGGGAGAAAUCCUUACCGGCAUCCGCGUGCCCACACCCCCGGCGGGGAGCGGCAACGCCUACCUCAAGCUGGAGCGCAAGGUUGGCGACUAUGCCACAGCCGGCGUCGCCGUUGCCAUCACUAUGUCCGGCGGCGUGUGCCAACAGGCCGGCAUUGGCCUGACUAACGCGGGGCUCACGCCGGUAAAGGCGACUAGCGCCGAGACCUUCCUGGCCGGCAAGCAGUUGGACGACGAUACGAUUCGAGAGGCGUCGCGCUUGGCCGCUUCCGAAGCCCAGCCCAUGGCGGACCUGCGAGGUUCCGAGGAGUAUAAGCGGGAUAUGGUACGCGUUCUGACCGGUCGGGCCCUUCGCCUGGCUUUGGAACGAGUCGUUUAG